CGGAUCCUUCAUUUCUUUGUCUUUGACUUUCGAACUCGUCAUCCACGUAUUUUCACAAAUCUGUAUAAAUAAUCACAUCAAUGGUGCUGGAGCAGUUGAAAAUCAAAUCAUUCACCCCAAUUUUCAAUUCAUACCCGCUUCUUCUCCGUCACUACCCCUUCAUCUAUAAAAUACCAGAAAAUAAAACAAACUCAUCCUUUGACUUUCUAAAAGUCAUGCGAUCCAGAUCUCCAAUACCCCAUUCAUCAUCUCAAACUGCCAUAUGAAUGAUAUUAUGAUGGCAAGCUUUUUACCCGUAUUGUUGGUAUUCUGUUUGAUCAACGUCGGGUCGGGUCAAGAAGCCCCGUACAGGAUCCACACAUUGUUUUCAGUUGAAUGCCAGAAUUACUUCGACUGGCAGACGGUGGGCCUGGUUCACAGCUUCCGGAAGGCCCGUCAACCCGGCCCGAUUACCCGUCUUCUUAGCUGCACUGAUGAAGAGAAGAAGAAGUAUAAAGGAAUGAACUUGGCUCCCACUUUUGAAGUUCCUUCUAUGAGUAGACACCCUAGAACUGGUGACUGGUACCCUGCAAUUAACAAACCAGCAGGAGUUGUCCAUUGGCUCAAACAUAGUAAAGACGCACAAAACGUUGAUUGGGUUGUUAUACUGGAUGCUGAUAUGAUUAUCAGAGGCCCAAUUUUACCAUGGGAGAUUGGUGCAGAGAAAGGCAGACCCGUUGCUGCAUAUUACGGGUACCUGGUGGGAUGCGAUAACAUACUUGCCAAAUUGCACACUAAAAAUCCUGAACUAUGCGAUAAAGUCGGUGGGCUUUUAGCCAUGCAUAUAGACGAUCUUCGGGCCUUAGCACCAAUGUGGCUUUCUAAAACAGAGGAAGUAAGAGAAGACAAAGCCCAUUGGGCCACAAAUAUAACCGGUGAUAUUUAUGGCAAGGGAUGGAUCAGUGAGAUGUAUGGAUACUCAUUCGGUGCAGCAGAGGUGGGACUUCGACACAAAAUUAACGAUAACCUAAUGAUCUACCCAGGAUAUAUUCCACGAGAGGGUGUUGAACCUAUUCUUAUGCAUUACGGGUUACCGUUUUCUGUUGUAAUUCUGUUAACUAGAAGGGCAAUUCGGCCAUAUAAAAUGACCGAAUUGGCCUUCUCGUUAACAGAAAAAAUGGAUUAAAUUAACCCAGUGGACUGAAAUGGCAACGGUGAAACCUUUUUGGACCCACAGGACGGGGUUUGGGAUACAAUCAAGUGGAGUUUAACCUUUGUUAGAGACUUAAUGGACGUAUGUUUAUAUUCGUACUUCUCAAUGACGGAUGAUCUACGGAAACAAGACCCUCCAGGGGGUAGAAUCGAAAUUAGGGUGGUUUGUGUUCCUAUAGCGCUCGUUGUUGGGUUGCUAGGGUUUGCGGUUGACUUUCCAGUGAUCACAGUUAUUGCAGUCCUUAAAGGCCCGUAUAUGUUGCUAAAAGGGUGGCACCGCUUGUUUCAUGAUUGUAUAGGCCGAGAAGGCCCGUUUUUGGAAAGUAUCUGUGUGCCAUUUGCAGGUCUUGCAAUCUUAUUGUGGCCUUUUGCUGUUGCUGGAGCUGUGUUGGCGUCCAUGUUGGCUGGAAUCUUUCUUGGUUUUUAUGCAGCUGUUGUUGCAUAUCAGGAGUCAUCUUUCUAUCUGGGGAUUUGCUAUAUUGUAGCUACAUUGUCGAUCUAUGAUGAAUACAGCAACGAUAUUCUCGACAUGCCUGAAGGAUCUUGCUUUCCAAGACCUAGGUACCGAAAGAAUGCGGGCUUGCAAUCCGGUUCAACAACACCUUCAGUCUCAAGACCAGUUUCCUUCAAAAACCCACCAUCUCGGUCUAGUUCUUUCACCAACCCCAUGAUCGAGUUGAAACCCUUGGUGUUGCUCGAUAGCUUAUUUCAAGAAUGUCGUCGACAAGGUGAAUUUAUGGUUUUAGAUGGAGUAAUAACCGUUAAAGAGAUUGAUGAUGCAAAAUCCGGGAAAGCUAGCGGAAGAGUGAUUAGUAUCGGUCUCCCAGCUUAUUGUCUUUUUCAGACGCUUUUACGGUCUGCAAAAGCCAACAGUACCGGCAUUUUACUAGAGGAUAAUGUGACGGAGAUAAAUACUGCAAACAGGCCAAAAGAUGGGUUCUAUGACUGGUUCUUGAAUCCACUUUUAGUCAUGAAAGACCAGAUUAAAGCUCAGAAUCUUACUGAUUCAGAAGCGGAAUACUUGGGGAAACUAGUGAUGUUGAGUGGUGAUGCUGAGAAGCUGAAAAACUCGAAUAUUGGCCCACCGCCGGAAUCAGAGCUUAGACGGGCUGAGCUUGAUGCAUUGGCCCGAAGACUUCAAGGGAUCACAAAGUCAAUAUCAAGGUACCCGACAUACAGAAGGCGUUUUGAGAAUAGCAUAAAGGCGAUAUCAGAAGAACUUGACCGGAGGGAUACUAAUAGACGUGGGUCAGUAUCAGGAUCGGGGUCGGAGAGUACAUUUGGCCGAAGGUUUAGCAACCAGAGAUCUUUUAAAACUAAAACGAGUAACCAAGAAGAUGAUCAAGAGGUUGAAAGAGAUAUUGAUGUAGUAUAAUUGGAUUUUCCUUGUAUUUAAUCUUGAUAGUCUAUCAAUAGAGAUGUUGAUGUAGUAUAAUUGGAUUUUACUUGUAUUUAAUCUUGAUGUAGUUAAUCAGAUUUCUAACAACAGCAGAAUGCUAGUGGAUAUAGUAUUGCAGGAAACGGUAGCGUGUUCUUUUAUUUGGAUCUUCAACAUAGCGAAAGUUAAAUAGUUAGACUGGAA